UUUGCAAAUACUACUUUCUGUUUGGGUUCUUCAAAAUAAGAAAUCAGGUGUCUCAUUUUGAAUGCAGGCACAGACGAGUUGCGCUCAUCUUCUCUCAUCCCCAUCUCCAUCCUUCCAUUUUUCUUGCUGGAAUAUGUACCGAGCAUAAGAAGCGUCUGAACAGAGAUCCUUAUUUCCCUCUGCCGAUCCAGGGAAACUUCUCUUUCAUUUCCGCUGGUUUCCCACUCCCGCUCUUCUUCUCGUUGGAUCAGCGUUCAGAUUCCAAUUGCCCGGACAAAAAGAAAGAAUAUUAUAAAUGGGUUCGAGAUCGAACGCCUACUUCUACCUUCUUCCUCUCUUACUUCUUCUGCUCACGGCCAAACUGAUUUCUGCUCAGGAGAAUGUGGAUGAUGCUGGAAUAGAAGAGUCGAGGGGAAGGAUUAGAGAUCUGGGUCGUCGCAGUAAAAUUCUUGUAGACAAUCUUAAGACUGGAGAUGGGAUACAGGAUAAGAAUGAUCCUGAAUUUGUCAGCGUCGCUGUUAACUUGGACACAGGUCUGGGAAUAUUUGAUGCCUUAUUUGCAAGUUUGUCGAUGAUCCUUGUCAGUGAGAUUGGUGAUGAGACAUUUAUAAUAGCAGCUCUUAUGGCAAUGCGUCACCCAAAGUCAAUUGUUCUAUCUGGUGCCCUAAGUGCCUUGUUUAUAAUGACGAUACUUUCAACUGGUCUCGGCAGGAUUGUGCCUAAUCUGAUAUCAAGGAAGCAUACAAACAGUGCUGCUACAGUUCUUUAUGCAUUCUUUGGGCUUCGACUACUUUACAUUGCAUGGAGGUCAGAUCCAAAAGCUUCCCAGAAAAAGGAAAUAGAGGAAGUAGAAGAGAAACUUGAUGGUGGGCAGGGGAAAACAACAGUUAGGCGAUUCCUCUCUAGGUUCUGUACCCCAAUAUAUUUGGAGUCAUUUAUCUUGACAUUUCUGGCAGAAUGGGGAGACCGGAGCCAGAUAGCAACAAUUGCUCUAGCUACCCACAAAAAUGCAAUUGGAGUAGCUGUUGGUGCCACAAUCGGGCACACGAUUUGUACAUCUGUAGCAGUGGUGGGUGGAAGCAUGUUGGCGUCCAAAAUAUCACAGCGGACAGUGGCAACCAUAGGUGGCUUGCUCUUCCUCGGGUUUUCCUUGUCAUCCUAUUUCUACCCACCCCUAUAACUACAAGUUCAUAGAUACAUAUUUAUACCUCACAAUUCAGGAGCUCCUUUUCUCGUAUUUCUCUAUUUGAAAGUCAUAGAGUAGUAUUUUUUUCAAAUUGUUUGUUCAUUUUCUCUUAAAAACUUGACAGUGUAAGCACUAUAAGAAGUAUCAUUGAAAUAUAUAGCAUUUGGCUAAGACUCCUCGUAGUAUUGUGCUGACCAUUGUUGAUACUUGGAAUCGUUUUUUUAUAAAGUUGUGGCAUCUGCAUAUAAUGCAGUUUUUAUUGAAAACGAUUAAAUAUAACUUCAAAAUUGUUCUUCA